AUUUCCAAAAUGUUGGGAGGUAUGGCAUGAGGAGGGCAUGGCAUGAUUAUUUGUUGUUGGAUGGCUGUGUACAAGACUGGGUGCUACAGCAGGGUGUCGGCAUGUGAGUCCAGGGGCGCCAUUUCCCUCACAGUAGCGCUUGUGCCCCGUCGGCUGACCCCCAUCUCUUGCUCCUCCGGCCUGAGGCAAUGGGAAAGGGGGAGGAGCACGAGGUGCCGCCCCACCCACAUGGGCUGUUCCCUCAGACAAGAGGAAAGAACAGCGGAUGAAAGGGCCUCUCGCGUUCACUCAGCAUCGCAAACUGCUGCUGUUUGGGCGUCUCUGACAGAGAGAGAGAGAGAGAAAGCAAAGUGAAAGGAAGGGAAGAACAUGGGGGCACUUCAGGAGGGGAAUUAUUCUCCGUUAACUCUGCGCCCUGUGGCCCCUCGGCGUCCCCCCUCAGGAGCACUGUCUCCCAGAUACUGCCGGGCUUAACAGCUGAAUGGAGACACAGACGGACUGUGCUGUCCCCUAAAACAACUGAAGCCACAACGUGAAUAUACAGUGGAACCCCCCUCCCCUUACCCCACGCUUGGCUGAGUCCUGUGCGCUAGUCAGUGAGCGACACGCCUGAUCUCGCAUUGUCUGCACAGAGCAGCCCCGACACACGCACCUUCAAUCGCAUCGCCGCCGAUACCCCACGGGAGACGCUUCAGGGUGGGUUUAACGACCUCACGUGCCAAAUGCGCAGCUGCGAAAGGCAAAAACGAGCGACCGCGGCUGUCUCACACUAGAGAGGGGCAAGCGGGCUCUUUGCUUGUCACCGGGGGACAUGGAUGGGGAUGGCAAGCUGGAUGAUGACAAGAGGCCAGUGGUGGGGCUAGCGGAGUUCAUGCAACUUUCCCCGUGCGACGAUGAGGAGGAAGAAGCAGCAGCGGGGGCUGUGGGCAAGCUACACGGGGUUCGGCGGCACCAUCACAAGCACAACCUGAAGCACAGGUACGAGCUGCUCGAGACGCUGGGCAAGGGCACCUAUGGCAAAGUCAAGCGAGCCGUCCAGAGGUUUUCGGGCAGAGAGGUUGCCAUAAAAUCUAUUCGUAAAGACAAAAUCAGAGAUGAGCAAGAUAUGGUUCACAUCAGAAGAGAAAUUGAGAUCAUGUCAUCACUCAACCACCCGCAUAUCAUAAGAAUUUAUGAAGUUUUUGAAAAUAAGGACAAAAUUGUGAUCAUAAUGGAAUAUGCAAGCAAAGGCGAGCUGUAUGAUUAUAUCAGCGAGAGACGAAGACUGAGCGAAAGGGAAACCAGACACUUCUUUCGUCAGAUUGUCUCUGCUGUGCACUACUGCCACAAGAAUGGUGUUGUACAUAGAGAUUUAAAACUGGAGAAUAUUCUUCUUGAUGAAAACGGCAACAUAAAGAUUGCUGACUUUGGCCUUUCAAACCUUUAUCAAAAAGAUAAAUUUCUGCAAACAUUCUGUGGAAGCCCUCUUUAUGCUUCUCCGGAAAUAGUAAAUGGGAGACCAUAUCGAGGUCCUGAGGUUGACAGUUGGGCCCUUGGAGUACUUCUCUACACUCUAGUUUAUGGAACAAUGCCCUUUGACGGUUUUGAUCACAAAAACCUAAUCAGACAAAUAAGCAGUGGAGAAUACCGUGAGCCAACACAACCAUCAGAUGCUCGUGGGCUGAUUAGGUGGAUGCUUAUGGUUAAUCCUGAGCGCCGAGCAACAAUUGAAGAUAUUGCAAACCACUGGUGGGUUAACUGGAGCUAUAAAAGUAGUGUAUGUGACUGUGAUGUUUUAAGAGACUCUGAAUCUCCACUACUUGCAAGGUUUAUCGAUUGGCAUAAUCGUUCUACCAGCAGACAGCUUGAGGCUGAAAACAAAAGCAAGUGCCUUUCAAAACCAUCUGAAAUUUCAUUAGAACGGCAAAGAUCUUUAAAGAAAUCCAAGAAAGAGAAUGACAUUGCACAGUCUUUGCAAGAUGGUGCUGAUGAAACAUCAUCAGUGACAAUAUCAAAGAGACCCAAAGGAAUAUUAAAGAAAAGAAAUGGUGAUCAUCGUUCACACAGUGAUGGCUAUAUUGAUGGUGUUGUUAGUCCUGUUUCGUCCCCAACAUACAAGAUCAAUGAUGAAAAAGGGCACAUAGAUACAUCUCCCAACUCCACACAAGACCUCGAAGAUCCAAUUAUAUGUGAUACCAAACAGGCCACACCAAUGCCAAAAAAGGGCAUUUUAAAAAAGACGCCACAAAGAGAGUCUGGCUAUUACUCUUCUCCUGAACGGAGUGAGUCAUCUGAACUGUUGCACAAUGAUGAAGAAGAAAGUAUCAAUCCUUCACAUGUUAUCAGUGAGACAAAGAGAACGCUUUCUCAUAGUCUUUCAUAUAGGAGAAAGGGCAUCUUAAAGCAUAAUAGCAAAUAUUCCAGCAACUGCACCGAUUCCUCAGUAGCUGCUCUCACAGGAGCUUCACUGGAAUCUAUGAAAGAAGGGGUUAUGCCUGGAGAAGGACUGUCUCGAAGCUACAGUCGUCCAUCCAGCAUCAUUAGUGAUGACAGCAUUCUUUCAAAUGACGCCUAUGAUUUGCUUGAAUUAAAAGGUGGAAGAUCAAACAAGCAGAGAAUACGCAGUUGUGUUUCUGCUGAAAAUAUCCUGUAUCUGCAGGAUUUUGAUGGACUUCAGAAAAUUAGUCGUCCGCAAAACUUGAAACGCUACCGCAACCGUUUUGCAGACAACAGCUUUUCUUUGCUUUCAGAUAUGGAUGAUGUGACUCAGGUUUAUAAAAAAGCAUUGGAGAUCUGUAACAAUUUCACUUAAAGUUAUUCAUUUUAGAUUUAGAUACCUUUAUGGGUGUACACAGGUACUUUGCUGACAGUGGUUGUAUUUGAAUCACACCAGUAAUCUUUUUUGUGAAGCAUAUAAAUGUUUUUAUAUCUGGCAUUCAGUUAUAAAAUGAGCCAAGUCAGCACAUACAAUUUUACCUUUCUUAAAUCCUUUUCCUAUAGACGUAAAGUCAUAUUGUUUACAAUUGUAUGUGUAUUUUCUAGAAUUACUCUACAGUUUUGCUUUGCACUUGUCACUCUUGCACAGGAUCUAUAAAUUUAACUCUAAAAGUAAAAUUCAAAGUGGCUCGGGCCUAUAUACAAAAAUACAUUGUUCUUUGCCUGAGUGAAUGUCUUAUUGAGACAUACUAUGGAAGUCCCUAAACUAGGAAGAUACAUUAAUUAACGUUUAUUAGUCAUGAGAACGUUAUAUGGCCCCAGUGUUGGAUAAUUGCGUGUAAACAAUCUUUGACAACUCUGCCUUAUAUCAAAAGACAUGAAACUUUGUAAAAAGCGAGAAAUGCCUUUUCAUUUAAGUCCCCCAACUGUGUUUUUAGCCUCCGCUGAAACAAAAAUCUGAAAUUAUGGACAUAUAAUGUAUUAUAAUAUAGGGCAGUGAUAAACAUGAAUGCUUUGGUUUUAUUUGCUUAUUUUAUUCAUAUUUUUCCUGGUCUUUUAAUAAUUAUUUUAUGAACUUAGAGCACGUUUGCUAAACAUUUUGAGAGACAAACUGCUGUUAUGUCCGAACUAUUUUCUACCUAGAUUCCUUUACAACUGAUGUCAUUUGUAAUUUUAGUAUGUUUUGCAUUUUUUACUUCACUGUCAGCAAAUACUAUCUGAAAUAAUAACUGGCAGGCAGUACCAAAUGGACCUUGAAUGUAGUUGGUUUUUAGGAUGUUAGCUGAAGUGCUUUUGGCAAGUAGAAAAAGUAAAGGUUGAGUCUCAAUGUGAUUUGGAAGUUGUUGGUAUAGAAAGAAAUCUGGAAGUGUAGGGAUAUAUUUUUUUACAAUGCAAAAAUAUUGCAAUAAUAUAUACCAGUAGCCAUCCCAAUGGUAUAACAGAGUUAAAUUAUGAGAAAUGUUUCUAGAAUGUUGUAGAAAGAAAAAUAGGUGGUUGUUAGGAAGUACAGUAAGAAAAAUAGCAUUUUUUUUUUUUUUUACCAUAAAGGUAUUUCAGGGGUCAGCUGGAUUGUGUGAAUGAAUACGAAUAUUCACAAAUACUACAUAGGAAGAUGGUCCUGGGCAAACAAAUAAGGAUUUGUGUGUGGUUUUUUUUUUGUUGUUUUUUUUUACAUCUCAAGUGGCAUUUUUUUCUGUGUGACCAAAAAAAAUAUUUUACAGAAAGCUCAUAUGAAUUUAGCUUAAAGUUAAGUCGAUCAUAGUGAGUUUUAUUGUUGAACUGCCUUCAAGAAUCUGCUCAGUGCUUUAUUGAAAUUUGCCUAUAUUAUUUUCAUUAUGUAUUAAAUGUCAGGCAGAAUUAGACACUGGAUCUCAUUGAGUCCUUUUAUAUGAGUCACAUUAGAUUAAUCAAGGGUCAAAGUGAAAAUUCAAAUUCGCAUUUCGAAUUAAAAACUUCAUGUUUUCGAAUUUUUUUAGUGUUAUUCGACUAGGGAAUAGUUAAAAUUCAAUUUGAGUUUUUAAAAAAUAUUAAAUUCGAAUUUGAAAUUUGUCAUGUACUGGCCCUUUAAGAAUUCGACUAGUCACCACCUUAAACCUGCGGAAUUGCUGUUUUCGCCUAUGGGGGACAUUCUCAAAUACAUUUGGAGUUGUUUCGAAACAUCCUGAAAAUCAAGUUUUUUUUGGUCAAAUCGAAUUCGAUUCGAGUUUGUAGGUUGAACCCAUUCAUCUGAAUUUGAAAAAAUUUGAUUUUUUUUUUUAAAAAAAUGCAAUUUUUUUUUUCAAGUUUAUGGGAGUUUUUACAAACUCCCAUGAACUCGAAAUUCGACCCUUGAUAAAUCUGCCCCUAAGACUAGGCCAAUCAUUUUGUAAGUAGACACAUGAAUGCUAACAAAUUUUUAAAUAUUCUUCUUAUUUAAGUCAGUUUGUAAUAGCAGCCAUAUUGCCAAGUUCCACAUGCACAUAACAAUGUAUUUAGCCACUUAUUACAUUUUUUGUGUGUAUUUUCUAUCAGUAUUUAUCAUUUUGGAAAAUGUUAUAUGUUUGUUUUUUUUUAAUAUUUUAUUUACCUAUUGUUGGUAUUUUUAAAACCAGUCCGCAGAGGCUGAACAUUAUUCUUUAUUUCAGGAUUCAAUACACUGUUCUGCCUGACAGUUUAAAGAGAAGUAUAUAGCAAUGAUGCAUCUGUUUUUACAUUAUUAUAGCAGCGCCUCCACUGCCCCCGUCUUCUCCCUAAGACAACUGUACUUAUUCUCUAAAGACGUAUCUGUUCUACUAUGUGCUGGAAACAUUACAAAGUAACUCACACACUCAUAUAUGUAGCACAGAGUACAGUAAUUAAAGAUUUUUUUAUGUAGUCUACAUACUCUACAAACUACAUAUAUAAUAGGAAAUCUUUAUUUUCCCAAGCAUUGCUAUUGUUCCUUUUUGAAAUGGUUAUGUCAGACCUUUCCUGUACAAUGGUCUUAUUAUCCAGAAAAAGAAAUGUUUGUGAGUUGUAUUGUGAAAUCUCAAUGCAAAGAAGCCUAUGGAACCUUUAGGUUGGCUGGAGGCUAUAAAAAUCUUUGGAGAGAUUCCAACCUGGGGCCUCCCAGUUUAAAAAGCCCUGUCUUAAAAGAUUACAGUGUACGUUAUUUAUGUCCAACAGUUUGGAGAAAGCUCUGGAUGCUCAGAAAAAAAGACCUUGUUUAUUUUGAAUGUAUCUCACUAAUUUUGCUUUAAAAGCAAAAAGGGGGAAGUUACAUUUUACCAAAGAAACCAGUAUUUAGUGCAGACUAUGUUUGCCCAGGUCAUACUUUUUGUUUCAGCAAAAGAUAUUUUAAAGAAAAUAAUUAUGUCAAUGAAUAAUUGACUGUUUAUUGCCAACUGGAAACAUUAUAUAGGGAUUUACUGGCAUGUUCUCAUUUGUAGACGAAAAACUUGACUGCACAUUAUUAGUAUUGUGAUUUUAUUUAAUAAUUUUUUUGUAAUGCUAUGACAGUUUUUUUAAUUUGUCUAUGCCUUUUUUAUUUAUUGUUCUAAAUUCAGUUUUUAAAAGGUAUAAUAUAUUUGUUGUAAUUUAAUCAGUGCAACAUUUGAAGCUCCUGCCAAAAUGUUAUUGAUGAUGGGUGUGUUUGGGCUCCAUAAUGCUCAUGUAGAAGUGAGGAGCUCUUGACAACCACCCAAAAAUGUGUUGUUUUUUUUAACUGUUUUUUUUUUAUUAAAUAAAAUUCUGUGAUUACA